CCGUCCUGCCGAAGAUGGCGGAGAGUUUUUAGAGGCGUAAAAGAAACUGGUCCACUCAAUGAAAGCGUCGAGGCCGGACAUGUUAAGACAUUAAAGCGACAUUAGACCCUGAAUGGAGCUUGACUGGGGCUUGUACUGGCCAAGGUGCUGAUAUGUGCUGAAGAUGAGUGGCGUAGGAGACAACUCGUUGGAGCCGCUGUGCCCCGACCGCAAACGUAAACUGUCCACCUGUGACACUCCAGGCUUAGGGUGUGACAAGCGUCGGAGGGAACAGGAGAGCAAGUACAUCGAGGAGCUGGCUGAGCUCAUCUCUGCCAACCUCUCCAACAUCGACAGCUUCAACGUCAAGCCUGACAAAUGUGCCAUCCUCAAGGAGACCGUGAGACAGAUCCGACAAAUCAAAGAGCAAGGAAAAAGCUCUUGCAGUGAUGACGAUGUCCAGAAGGCGGAUGUGUCCUCCACUGGUCAAGGGGUCAUUGACAAGGACCAUCUGGGACCGCUGCUCCUGCAGGCCUUGGAUGGCUUUCUGUUUGUGGUGAACCGAGAGGGCAGCAUAGUGUUUGUGUCGGACAAUGUGACCCAGUACCUGCAGUACAAGCAGGAGGAGCUGAUCAACACCAGUGUGUACAACAUCAUCCACGAUGAGGACAGGGAGGAGUUUCACAAGAAUCUGCCCAAGUCCAGUGCAUCAAAUGGGGCACCAUGGGGUGGAGAUGCACCCCGGCAGAAGAGUCACACUUUUAACUGUCGUAUGCUGGUGAACUUUGUUCAUGGUCAGAGUCAUGGGUUGUCAGAAGAGAGGCCUGGAAGCCAGCGCUAUGAGACCAUGCAGUGUUUUGCCCUCACUCAGCCCCGGGCUAUGAUGGAGGAGGGAGAAGAUUUGCAGUCAUGUAUGAUCUGUGUGGCACGACGCAUCACUGCAGUAGAGAGAACAGAGAGGUUUAGCACUCGCCAUGAACUGUCUGGUAAACUGAUUGAAAUUGAACAGCAGAGCUCUCUUCACACCACAAUGCGCCCAGGCUGGGAGGACCUGGUGAGGCGCUGCAUGCAGAUGUUCCUGAAUCGCAGUGAGGGACAACCCUGGUCCUACAAACGUCACUAUCAAGAUGCUUUCCAUAAUGGCCAUGCGGAGACCCCGCUCUACCGCUUCUCGCUCUCUGAUGGCACACCAGUCACAGCCCAGACCAGAAGUGACCUCUGCAGGAACCCCAACACCAAUGAACCACACUCUUUCUUGUCCACACACUUGCUGCAAAGGGAGCAGAAUGGUUAUCGUGGAAACCAAGGAGGAGGCUUGAGGCCUCAAAACAUGGGUGUGAACAACCCCAACCAGCAGAUGAACAUGGGCCCCGGAGGGGGAAUGGGCAUGAACAGGGGCUACGGCAUGGCUGAACAGGGCAACAUGCCACAAAGAGGAAUGCCUCCGUACGCUGGGGGCAACCGCAUGAAUCCCAUGAAUCAGAUGAAUCCCAUGCAUCAGAUGAACAACAUGGGCCAAAUGAAUCAGAUGAAUCAAAUGAAUUCCAUGCAUCCAAUGAACUCCCCCAUGAACUCAAUGAACCAGAUGGGGCCCAUGAACCAGAUGAAUCAGAUGGGCCACCAUGGCAUGCAUCAGCAGCAGCACCAGCACCAGCAUCAGCAUCAGCAUCAGCAGAUGGGUCAGUUCCAUGGAGGAGGAGGUGGACCUGGAGGUGGAGGGUACGGGAUGGGAAUGACCAGUCCUCCCCAGGCCAGUCCAGGGAUUAAUGGCCCCCCACACAACGUCAUGGGUUCGCCCAGAGUCCGAGGAAGCCCUAAGAUGGGUGCUAGCCCCUUCUCUCCUGGUGGUAUGAACUCGCCCAUGAGCUCCAGUCACCCUGGUAACUCUGGAGGUGGAGGAGGAGGCACCACCUUCUCCAGCAGCUCCUUGAACGCUCUCCAGGCAAUUAGCGAGGGAGUGGGCAAUCCAAUGCCCUCCCCACUCACUUCUCCUCCCCCUCACAAGCCUGACAGCUCCCCAAGCAUCAACUCCACCAACCAGUCAGCAGGGGGACCGUGUAAACCAGGCCUCCCAGCCUACUCUGACUCCAAGAGCCCAGGGAGCUCUCUUGGGGCUGGAGGAGAGCAGCAGUCUCAGCAGCACCCACACACCCCCACCAGCGAAGGCCCCCCCGACAAGCCAGACAGUCAGGCCAGCAGAGAGACAGGUCCAGCAGGGGGGGAAUCCAAUCGACGGGUCCCUGACAGCAAAUGCCACAAAAAGCUUCUGCAGCUCCUCACCUCCCCUACAGAUGAGCUGGUGCCACCUAGUCACGCAUCAGGUUCCGGACCCAGCUCCACGCCUGAGGCUAAAGACGGAACAGCAGGCGUCACCAGCCCCUCGUCCUCAACAGGAGUAUCCUCCUCUACCGGCGGAAAUCACAGCGCCGUGUCCUCCACUGGUGGCACGGGACAUUUAUCAAGUCAGUCACUGCAGGAGAAGCACAAGAUCCUCCACAAGCUCCUCCAGAAUGGGAACACUCCCGAUGAGGUGGCGCGCAUCACAGCUGAGGCCACUGGGAAGAGCAGCUUGGAUUCAGAGCCUGGGCCUGCAGCCCCCGGAGGAGUUAGGGAAUCAAAACAGGAGCAGCACAGCCCUAAGAAGGAGAAGCCUCAUGCCCUCCUUCACUACCUCCUCAAUAAGGAUGACUCUAAAGAAGGUGGUGAUAUCAAGCCAAAGCUCGAGGAGCUAGAGGGGAGAGGAGCUCAAGGAGCAGGGGUCACCAGCUCCGACCCGCACUGCAUGGAUGGAAAGGUCAAAUUGGAGCCAUCUGAUGAGACGGAGACCCUGGAGACCAUUCUUGGUGUUCCAAGGAACAACUCUGGCUUCUACCCUGAACCAGACUCCAGAGCAGGGAAGGAAGUGGGACACAAACAAGGAAAUAUGCCUGACAGUUUACACGAUGGGGAUAAAUGCCCCAUGCCUCCAGCUCAGCGUGGUGCCUAUCAGAGAGCCUUGUCCAUGGAUUCCAAGCCCAUGGGUGGAGAGGGAGCAGUAGGAGGUGGGCUGGCUGUGAGAAGGAAUGUCCCCUGUCCUACAUUGGCCAAACAGGAGAGCAUGGAAGUUCCGAUCCGACCUGGGGCCGUGCCCAAUGGCUUUCCCGGGGGCAUGGGUGUGUGUCCACCGAGGGGCAAUCCAACAAGAGGCAUGGGCAGAGGUGUGGGAAUGUCCCAUCGCCCUCCCAUGGGAGGGCCAGGAGAGUGGGGGAUGCCGAGGCCCAGUGGCAGCCCUGCGGCUGGACCAGGACACCCAGGCAUGGGUCGCUCUGUCCCAAUGGGAGGACCCAUGAUCAGCCGCUCCAACAGUGUACCUGGCAACACCAGGUCUAUGCUGCAGCAGCAGCUCAUGGAUAUGGGUUCCAAUGAAGCCAGUAUGAGUAUGAGCCCGUUUGGUGGACAUGGACCGCCACCUCAAUCCCCCUCCUGGUCAGACUCUGGCAUGGGAAUGGACAGACCUCAGAGUAACACAAACAGGGACCAGUUUGUGCACCCCCUGGAAGAUCUGCUGGGGACCCUGGCCAACAGUGAGGGCCCAAGUGAUGAACGAGCUCUUCUGGACCAGCUGGACUCUCUGCUCAACACCGCUGACGUCAUUGCUCUGCAGGAGAUAGACCGAGCCUUAGGCAUACCUGAAAUAGUAGGCCAGACCCAGGGACCUGAAGGUCACCAGCAGGGCCAGGAUCAAGGUCAGGGUCAGGGCCCACCAUCAGAACCUUUCCCAGGGCCAGACUCCUCCAUAGGCAUGGACCAAAAACCCAUGUAUGGCCAGGGCUACCCUGGACCCCCAGGACCCCCCUCCAUGGGCAUGCAGCCCAAUUACGGCGGCAACACCAUGCAAGUCCAGUCUCCUGGAGGCUUCAACCCCAUGAUGAAUCAGAUGGCCCAAACGGGGGGCUUCCCUGGCAUGACCGCCAUGGGGGGUAUGGGCAACCCCCGUGCAAACAUGAUAAGACCUCGCAUGAUGGCCACCAAGCCCCUCCGACUGCAGCUGCAGCAGAGACUGCAAGGGCAGCAGUUUAUCAACCAGACCCGACAAGGCAUGAAGAUGGAAAAUGCCCCCGGAGGAAACCCUGCUAUGCGUCCAGGCAUGCAGCCUGGCAUGCAGCCUGGCAUGCAGCCUGGCAUGCAACCUGGCAUGCAACCUGGGAUGCAGCCUACAGGCAUGGGUGGUCAGUCUUUCCUAAACGCUCAGAUGAUGGCUCAGCGCAGCAGGGAGAUGCAGAUGAGGAGGCAGCGGAUGAUUAUGAUGAUGCAACAGCAACAGCAGCAGGGGCAGGGGGCAGCGGGAGGCUUCAGCCCUCCUCCAAAUGUCACUGCACCAGGAGGCAUGGACAACCCCAUGGGAGGCCCGCCCAUGAACCAACCUGGACAGCAAGGCUUCAAUUAUGGAGGUAACUAUGGGAUGAACCAGCAGGGGGACCCAUCAUUCAUGGCUCCAGGCAGUAGCCCACCAGGAAACAUGAUGCAGGGACGAAUGGGUGGCCCUCCUCAGAACGCCAUGAUGCCAGGGAUGCAGGGAAACCCACAGGGAGGGCCCAUGUACCCAUCUGGUGACAUGAAGGGCUGGCCACAGGGGGGCAUGCCACGCAACAACCCAUACCCCCAGCAACAGUUCCCCCAGCAGGGCAACCAGGGCCAGUUUGGACCCAUGAUGAUGAACAACUCCAUGGGUGGACCCGGGUCUGUGAGCGUGGCCGGCGCCGGGCAGAUGGGCCAAAUGCCAGGACAGAUGCAGGGCCAAAUGGGCAUGAACCCCAUGGGGAUGGGUAGAAUGCCAGUGGGAUCUGAUCAGAAGUAUUGUUGAGGACCUGUAGCUGACAGCAGAAUCUGGAGCCUUUCAGCUGUGGCAGAGCAGCCUGGGCCAGGAGAAGAGCUGGGCCUACACAUCACACACACAGUGGGAGUUCCCCAGCAUAAGAUGUGACGCAGGAGUCUCAACACAACGCACUGCUCAUCGUGGAGGAAGUGGGCUACAAGGACAAGCAUGCCUCAGGUUUCACCUCCAACUGAGGCCUCGCACGCUGUAGCCCAACCCUGUUUAGGUUAUGCACAAACACAAAAUAUCUGUGUGCGUACGCGCGUGUGUGUGUGCAUGUGUGCGUGUAUGUGUGCGUGCAUGUUUGUGUGCGUGUGUGUUCACGUGAAUGACCUGGAAUUGUCGGGCAGUAUUCGGCGUCACAGUCAGGCUGCAGAACGGGACUACGGUACAACUGGCUGUGGCUGCACUUUACCUGGAGGCUUCUGUGUGGAAUAAAGACUGAUGCAAUAUUUCUUCAUCAUUACAGCCUUACUAGAGAUUCAAUGCCUUCUCAACCAUGGGUUUCUUCUGUUUCUUUCUUAUCCCUUGGAUGCGCCUCAUUCUUAAAGUCAUUGGAAGCUAUAAGCACAGUUUAACUAUGUUAUGCAGAUUGGAGCAAUAACUCUUGCCUCUAUGCUUUAGACUGUAACUGAGCAUCAUUACCCCUGUUAUGAGCAAACAAAUGGUACUGCAGUAUUAGAUGUCUCAAAUGUCCUCUGUGAAUAUGAAUUGUAAAUACUCUACAAAAUAUAUCAAACAUGCUUUUUAAAGGCCCAUUAUUGCACAAAGUAUGAGACCUGGCUGUAUUUUUGUGUCCCAUAGGUCAAUACUGAUUUGGAUGAUUUGCUUUUUUUUUUUUUUUUUUUUUUUUUUUUUUUUUUUUUUUUUCAAAUGCCUUUGCAAAUAUUGCAGGCAUGUUUGGGUUUUCCUCCCCUGUUUGUCAUUUUCUUAAUGCUGUAUUUUUUUUUUUUUCCCUGAAAAGUCAUGUAUUUCAUGUUUUAGUGAGGCACUUUUUACUUGUGACGAGGAUCUGAUGAGUUGAAGGUUUGGGAUUUCACAGUGUCAGGUUUUAUUGGAAGGUGGUGGAAGUGAAUUCUGUCAGGACAGUCGAUUACUUAAAACUGUCAUGUUGUUGGACUGUGUGUGUUUGUGUGUGUAUGCGUCUGCAGUACAGUGAAGACAGGAAGGCACUCUUCAGUUCACCAACAGGCCCGGUCCUCGCAGAGUUCUCCCUCUUCCCACCAGCUUUGUCUGUCGAGUGUAUUUUAGUCGCAGCAUCUUCUUUUGACUGUUAUUCUCAACUCGCUGAAUCUACCUUUUCAACAUGCGCAAUCCAAAGAUAUUUUUCCACAUCUCUGUAUAGUUUCCGAGGUUUCUGGUGUACAUUUUUUUAUGAUAAGCGUUAUAUUAUUCUGAUGGUAAAUGGGUACAUAUCAUGGAUCUGUAAUAGCAUAUGAUGGUUAUGAACUGAAAGCACGUCAGCUGUCAGUGCAGUGCAGAGAGGACUGGAAGGGCUGAACCCCACAGCAGAAACUUUUUACAUCAAGAAAAAACAAACAAAAAAACCCAAAAAACAAAGCAUGUUUUGCUGUGAAAGAGAAAUACCAAUGGAAUGAAAUCCACUUUAAGACAUAUCAAUAUCUCUUCUAUUUUUCAGGAAACAACUUCAUUUUAUGUCCAGAUUUUGUUACUUCAGGAGAAAGGAAUUUUGUUGAACUUUGUGGAGUUUGAGUGAAGCGCAGAAAGAGGCAAGAGAUCAUUUGGACUGGUUUUGUUUUUCUUUGUGUGGAGGUAAGAUAAGCUGUCGUUUUACAGGAUGUACAUUACAGAUUUUUUUUUCCUUUGAUGUUGAUAUUGAUGUAAAUACAAAUUUCUAUUUAAACA